GGUGUGGCCACAUACGACCGGGCCAUACUUAUCAACAACGCUGGCAGCCUUGGCCGAUGUAAUCAGACUGUGAGUGAACACUCCACCGACACUUCAUACGUCAGUGACUAUGUGCAAUUGAAUGUAACCUCCUGCGUUUGCUUGACCUCUGGGUUUGUGCGUACGUUCAAGCCUGCAGCGACCAAG